AUGAAGUACUCCCUCGCUGCGCUCUUCGCCGCUGUGGCAUCGGCCGCCGUCAUCGACACCGACAACAUCGCCGAGGCUCCCGAAGCCCCGGCAGCUCCCGAACUGCCCGCCCUGAGAGCUCGCGCGACGGGAUGCAACGCCGACAACUGCCUCCGUGCCGUCAGGGCCACUCGCUACGGCACCGCGACGAUGGAGCUCCGCUUGGCUGAGUGCAGCUCGUUCCUCGCCGUCACAGAGACCCCGAGUGCCACCACCGUCUUCGUCACCGAGUCUAGCAUCGAGACCCUCACGGCCAACGUCACCAGGACCCUUUACCAGCGUCAGGCCGCGGCCGAGGAGACUGCCGCCGUCCUCUCCACCCAGACAGUUCCUGUAUACGCCUCGGCCUGCUCGGACGCCGCCCGCUACAGCUCGGCCUGCUCUUGCUUCGGCGCCACCGCCGUCACGACGACGGCCCCGGCGGCGACAGUCACCUCGACCGUGACGGUCGUCUCGACCACCAUCGUCGCGCCCUUCGUCAACGUCACGCGGCCCGCGCUGUCCUGCAGCACGGUGUGGAACUGCGGCGACGCCACCAUCCCCGUGUGCUCGACCGAGUCCGGCUGCGUGUGCUUCCGCACCGCCGAGGGCCGCGACGUCUGCGCCAUGCCCAACGAGUGCGAGUCCGGCUGCGACUCGACGAGCGACUGCGGCAACGGCGAGGUCUGCAUCAAGCAGAGCUGCUGCGCGGGCGGCACGUGCAUGAAGGUCGACGUCUGCCUGAACGAGAUCCUGCCCAAGAUGAUGUUCAAGAGGCGCAGCGCGGCCUGGGUGAAGAAGCAGGCCCGGGCCAGCUUGAACCACCUCAGUCUGGUUCCUCACGAUGUUGAGGAGGAGAGUUAG